AAUGUUUCUUAACCUCAAUUUUUAAGUGUUACUAUGGUGUUCUUUUUACACUGCAUCAUAUUUAUAAUUACUAGUGUAAUUGUAUUUAUGUUUUCUAGCUAUCUUAAUUUUACAUAUUUUUUUGAUAUUUAUAAACAAUGGUAUUUUAAUGACAUUAAUGAUUUCCAAUUGUACGAUUUUAUUAUUGUUGGAGCUGGUACUGCAGGUGCAACUUUAACUGCAAGAUUAACUGAAGAUGGAUAUAAAAUAUUGUUACUGGAAGCUGGAGGAGCUGCACCACCUUUUUCGGAUAUUCCAUUGUUAGCUCCUCUUAUUCAAAAUACUCCAUAUGACUGGCAAUACAUUACUGUACCACAACAGAAUGCUUGCAAGGGUUUAAAGAAUAAUCAAAGCAAGUGGCCAAUGGGUAAAAUCUUUGGUGGAACUAGUAGAUUAAAUUAUAUGCUCUAUGUACGAGGACAUCCCUUGGAUUAUGAUUGGUUUCCAAAUUUGAUUGAACCUAUUAAAAGAAAUAAUACAAUGCAUAUAAGUGAUUUGGAAUGGAAUACUGGUCUUGCUGAUAUAAUUUUAAAAGGAUUGCAGGAAUUGAAUCAAGAUAUUGGCAAUAUCAAUGAUAAUUUCAAAAAUGGUUUCAUGAAAGCACAAUUAUUUAUGGAAAAUGGGAAACGGUGGAGCACAGAUAAAUUAUUAUAUAAAUAUUUAAAAAAUAAGCUGACCAUUAUUACUCAUGCUCAUGUUGAGAAAGUGUUAAUGGAAUCAAACAGAGCAAUAGGAGUGCAGUUUAUUGCAUUAAAUAAGACAUUUAAAGCAAUUGCAAAAAGAGAUGUCAUUCUCUGUGCUGGUGCAAUUGGUACACCAAAAAUAUUAAUGCUUUCUGGUAUUGGGCCAAAAAAACAUUUGGAAGAUUUAAAAAUAAAUGUUAUUAAAGAUUUACCAGUUGGUCAACAUUUAGUAGAUCAUGUACUUACUGGGAUUGAUCUAAUUAUGCUUAAUAAAAGUACAGGUUUCAGUAUGACUAGUACUUUGAAUCCUAUGUCAGCAUUAAAUUAUUUUCUUUUCGGAAAAGGACCUUGGACAUUCACAGGAGUUGAAGUUUUGGGUACAUUUCAUAGCUCUAUGCAGAAAAAUACAUCAAGUAUACCAGAUUUACAAAUAAUGGUAAUGCCACUUGGGUUAUCAAGGGAUAAUGGUGUUGUUUUAAAAGAAGCUAUGGGAAUUUCUGAUGAGGUAUACAACGAAUACUUUGCCCCUAAUUCAUAUAAAAACACAAUAACUAUUGCUCCAGUGUUAUUACAUCCAAAAAGCGAGGGAGAAAUUAAAUUAAGAAGUAAUAAUUCUUUUGAGUUACCUUUAAUUGAUCCAAAAUAUUUUUCAAAUAUGGAUGAUAUUGCAACUCUUAUAGAUGGAUUGCAAUUUAUAAAGAAACUUGUUGAAACAAAUGCUAUGAAAAGUAUUGGUGCAUUUAUUUAUAAAAAACAUUUUCCUGGUUGUGAAAAUGAAACAUUUGAUAGCAUAAAAUAUUGGGAAUGUUACAUACAACAUUUAACUUUAACUUCAUAUCAUCCUGCUGGUACAUGUCGAAUGGGUGAUGUUGUUGAUGAAAUGUUUAAGGUUUAUGGUACAAAAAAUUUAUAUGUAGUUGAUGCAUCUGUACUUCCAGUUUUACCAAGUGGUAAUAUCAAUGCUGCAAUUAUAAUGAUUGCUGAAAAAGCAGCACAUAUAAUUAAACAAAAUGCAAAAGUUGUAAAUUAUACAAAAUGUUCUAAAUCAUAUAACUAUUAUUAUAUAUUUAACCAUUAAUAUGUAAUGAUAUUAAUUAAUAGUGUAUAUAAGAAAUAAUUUAUUGAAUGUU